CCGUGUCCCGUUCACAUUCACAACAAUAUACAACUUCAGUUUUUUAAUCGGUAUCAAUUUAUGUUUUACAUUUUACUGAAAUCAAAAUACACUGUUUACUGUGUGUGUACUUACACUUUUCGCAAUACAAAAGAAAACUUUUUAAAAUGAUACAAGUAGACUGAGGAGGAAAAUUUUAAACAAAAAUUGUUUUUAAAACUAUAUCGUGUCACUAGUUAGGGCUUUUAAUAUUGAUUUCUAGAACGAGUAGUCAUGAAUCUUUCAGAUCCCUCAGAUGAUGACUCGAGUAGCGAUGAAAGUUCCGUGCCCUGUAAACGUCCACGCGCAGAUACGUAUGGUGCUUCUUCAACAACCUCUCACGGUUCAAUUAUUCAAGAAUCAGAUGAAGAAUCACCAGAGACACAAUUUACGGAAAGAUAUGCAAGUGAUAGUCACAGAUCCAAUAAAAUUAGACUAAGCUAUACGGAAAACAGCCCUGGACGAGCGACUAGAUUAAGUAGAAGCAGUUUAAGUGAAAAUUGUUCAUCACCCAGUGAACAAUAUGAUGACUUUCGACCCGGAUUUAAGGAUAAUGAUAGUGAAGAGGGAUCAGGACGGCAAAGUUUCCAAAUGUCUAAUGAUAGCACAUUUUACAACAAACCAUCUGAAAAUAAUAAAGACAUCAACACAUAUACCAGUGGCUAUUCUGAGAUAUCCAAAAGGUUGAUGAGUAACAUGGGUCACAAACCUGGCAAAGGAUUAGGUAAAUUCGAACAUGGCAGGGUUGAACCUGUGCAAGCUUCUACGCAAAAAGGAAGAAGAGGCUUAGGCUUAAAACCAUCGGUUGUUGGAGAUGUUCCUCAAGAUUUUAAAUGGUCAUCAGAUGAUGCACUUCCAGAGGCCAAGGAAGAUGUGGUGUGGAUGCCAGUUUCAUCAGAAGAGACUCUCAAUGGAGAUGAUUUAGAGAAGUGGUUAAAAAAAGGCCAUAAAAAAUUAUCAAUUGAGGAUGAGACUGACUUUGUUGAUCCACAAGUAUUAAAAGGAAUUCUGAACUCUAAAACAAUAUUUGACAACUUAGAUGGAGAGGAUAUGAGAACUGCUAGAUCCCGUAGUAAUCCAUAUGAGACAAUAGGUUCUGUGAUAUUUUUAAACCGAGCUGCAGUUAAAAUGGCUAAUAUGGAUGCAGUGCUGGACUUCAUGUUUACAAAUCCAAAGAAACAAAACGGGGAGCCCGCAGUUGACAAAAAAGAUUUACUGUACUUUGCAGAUGUGUGUGCUGGUCCAGGAGGGUUUUCAGAAUAUGUGUUAUUUAGAAAAGGAUGGAGAGCAAAAGGUUUUGGGUUUACCUUAAAAGGCUCUAAAGAUUUUAAAUUAUCAGAUUUUUAUGCUGGAACUCCAGAAACUUUUAACACAUAUUAUGGUGUGAAUAAUGAUGGCAACAUUUUUGAUCCAGCUAAUUUGUCGUCUUUAAAAGAUUAUGUUUUAAAACAAACUGAUGAUAUAGGUGUUCACUUUCUGAUGGCAGAUGGGGGUUUUUCAGUGGAAGGUCAAGAAAAUAUACAAGAAAUAUUAUCAAAACAAUUGUAUUUGUGUCAAUGUCUUGCUGCCUUGAUGCUUGUAAGAACUGGUGGUCAUUUUGUUGUCAAGUUGUUUGACAUUUUCACACACUUCAGUGUAGGACUAAUUUAUAUUAUGUAUAGAAGUUUUGAAAAAGUAUGCAUACUUAAACCUGUAACUUCAAGACCAGCAAACUCUGAGAGAUAUCUAAUAUGUAUGUGGAAAAAAGUGGGUACAGAAUCAGCUGAGAAACAUUUGUUUUCUGUUAAUUCAAUAUUAUGGAAUAGCCGAUCAGGGGAUGACGAUGUUAUGGAGUUGGUUCCCUUGUCAGUUAUUCAAGAAGACAGAGAGUUCUAUGAGUAUAUAUACAAGAGCAAUUGUAUAAUUGGAGAAAGACAAAUAAAAAAUUUGUUAAAGAUCGGUGAAUUUAGUAAAGACAAAACUCUUAGAGAUGAGAGUCAAGCUAAGAUGAAAGAAAAAUGUUUGCAGCUAUGGGAAUUACCUGAUAAAGUACGUACGAAACCAGAGCGCCGUGGCCCUGAAGACACGUUAACAAAUGUCUUGAACAUAUCAAAGAUUACGAACGGUAUUCACAGUUCUUAUUCUUUUAAAAAUACUUAUCUCAAUAGACCACCGAGAUAUCUAGAGCAAGCAUCCGACUUACGAACAAUGUUCGCUAACGUGUAUGACUGGCAUUUCACUUUCUUGAGUAGUGGUAAAAAUAACUCAGACCUACGAAUAUUUAUAGCCUGUGGGGGUAAACAAGUAUAUCAGCUGGAGGGAUCAAAUUGGAGAAUCAUUGCUGAUCUGCAUAUUACUUUACCAGCAAAUACUCUACUUUAUGGAGAGAUUGCAAGAGAAUACCGCGGUCAGGGAGGUAAACAGAUGCGCAGUAAAGCACUUCAUGUUAUUGAUGCGAUGGUGCUCGGUGGUAUAGAUAUUUCAGCGUUGCCACUUUCUGAACGUGUCAAUCAAUGUAAUUUGUUCUGUAAUGCUUUGGAGAAACCAGAUGAUGCUCAGGCUCUUCCAAUCAGGUGUAAAAGAUUUUUCAAUAUGGAAUCUUUUUCAUCUGCUAUAGCCAAUUUAGAGUAUCGAGCUAUGAAGAGAACUAAAAAGGCAUUGACAGUAGACAUACCAAAACGAGGACAAAGGAACGACAUGUUCUAUGAAAUCGGGUCUCUCUUAUUCAUAAAAGAAAUAAAAGAACCGUGGAUUGCUCGAAUUUCAAAAAAAAGUGGGUGCAAAUACUACUAUUGUGUCGGUCCAGACAGAAAACCUCGCAGUGAAUAUUACAUUCCAGAUAAAGCGCAACUAGAUAUGAUAAGCGCGUAUUCCGAUCGGGUUAUGUGGCCAUGGGAGUCGGCUAGUGCCAUCUUUGAAGGUCUACCAAAUUUUCCACUUUCUAAGGUACACAUGGAGGAACACAUUGGACUUCAAAUUUAAGACCAAUAUUAUAACAGUCCGAAAGCAGAAAGUUUUUCCUGAUAAUUUUUAUACUAUAAUUUUGAUAUAUUUAAGUGAAGAUGGAAUAUGAUCAUAUUUCAGUUUCAUAACUUUUUAUAUUGGGAAAGGAGUUAUGAAAGUAAAUCUGUAUAUUAUUUUCUUAUUAAUUAAAGAACACAAAAAUU